AUGAUGGAACAGUCAUUAUCUCUCAUCUCUGCCCAGGUCCAGUUCAUGGAAGACAGGCUGGCCCUGGUGCAUAUCCCUCUAGACCUAUACCCCUUCUUUUUGAAUCCGAUCAUGCAGAUUCUCUUCCAUGAGGUGCCUCCUAUCUCCGAGAACCAACUGGAAGACGAUGAUGGGUACGCAGAGGGUCAUAGACGCCACCAGCCGGCAUUUUUGAACUUCUCAAUCACCCCUGUGGAAUGCUCGAUCAUGUGCCCCAGACAGCUCGCUAAUGAGUACUUCGCUCCUCUGGUCAACAAGUUCGUUCAGAGCAGUUCCUCGGGCCAAAGCCGCCUCUCCAUCAGCCAUGAUGAUUUUAUUGCCAUGCAGGUGUACGGGGAGGGCCUCGAAGCUGGCCAACGAGUCCUCGAGCUUACGAGCCCGCUGGCCAUGGCAGGAAUCUCUAUCUUCUUCAUCUCCACGUACUUUUCCGACUACAUCAUCGUGCCUCUUCGAAGCAAGACCCAGGUUAUUGAAGCCUUGGAGAAGCGUGGCUUCCAUUUCGAAAUGUCAACAGAGGCUUUCGUCAACAACAACCAAUCCCAAUUCAACAGCUGCUUUAGUCCCGUCUCGUCCCGGUCGGCGAGCAGCCUGAGCUCCCCUCCUGCCACUCCGCCACCCUCAUCGCUGGAUGAACUGCAAACACGCACGUUUAGCUCGCUGCGGAAGCACCAUAUUGUUCCAUCCGUUGACAGAACCCUGCGUCUAGUGCAAUGCGCUGCGCAUCACCGCUACACGAGCGAUACAAGCUCCAUUGCCAUCCUCCGUGAAGCCCUCACGACAGCUUUGAUCGUCGACAAACCACGGUUCCUCUCUCUCACCCUAACCGCUGCUGACCCCGCGGCGUCACUCUUACUUGAAAAGCGUCUUCUCCCCCGCUUCUCAAGUGACUCAUCAGCGGCCACCGACUCGGAUGACGAUACAAGUCUUCUUUUGGGAUCGAAGGAAGAGGUCCUUGUUCCCAUCAUGCUUGACCUGCGUAAGCUUCCGCUUGAAGCUUCAGGUAUUGUGUGCGGAGUUGCUGGCCGACUGGCCGACGCAACGCACGCACGGGGCGAUGAGGAUACUGACGUAUCCACGAUCCUUUCUCAUUCUUGGAACGGCGGUGGCUCCUCUUUCGACAGCGCCUUCAAGAAUAUCCUAUCCUCUAGCCACGGCUCCGGUGGACCUGUCAGAUCCUUCGGUACUAGCCCCGGCUACAGAACCCAUCGUCUGCAGCCAGACAUGGACCCAUACAUGGACGCCGUUGAGAUCAGCUUUCUCAGCACUGCGCGGGCGGGUUCCAUCAUUGUGGGCGAACACGAGCUUCAUCGUGCCGUCGACGCCCUCGAAGCGGAAAGCCACGAACCCGAUACAGAAAUCACGGCACUCGAACUUUGA